AUGUUUCGAAUACGUCAAUGCACUCAAUCUCUAGUACGACAUAAAAAGUUAAAUGAAAUAAAUAAAAAUAAAGAACAAUAUACUAAAGCAUGUGUCCAUGAAUUACCAUCAUGGGUAUUUUUUCCUGACAUAGAACGAGCAGAAUGGAUAAAUCGAAUAAUAAAAAAAGCAUGGCCAUACGCAAAUCGAUAUGUUGAUCAAGCUGUUUUUCGUGAUGUACUUGUUCGAUUAGUUCGUGAAGCAUCAUCAACUUUAGCAGAUUUUUCAUUUCAAAAACUUGAUCUUGGACAAAUCCCACCUAGAAUUGAAGGUGUUAAAGUUUAUACAGACAAUGUUCGUGAUCAAAUUAUGAUAGAUAUUGAAGUUAUUUAUGCUGGUGAUGCAAUUAUGAAAGCAAAGUUGAAAGGCAUUGUGUGUGGAAUUAAAAAUAUACAGUUUGUUGCUGAUAUUCGAAUUAUUUUAAGUCCUUUAAUUAAUACAAUUCCAUUAGUGGGUGCAGUAACAUUUUUUUUCUUGAAAAAACCUAGUAUUGAUUUUAAAUUAACCGAUGCCGGAACAUUAGUUGAUAUACCUGGUCUUCAUGACUUAUUACUUGUUCAAAUCAAUGAUAUUAUAGCAUCAAUGAUGGUUUUACCUAAUAGACAAGUUCUUCCAUUUGUUAAAGAUAUACCAAUCGGAUACUUAAGAUGUUCUAAUCUUCAAAGUGUUGUGCGUGCAUUUAUUUUAGGAGCAAAAGAUUUAAUUAAUGCAGAUAUUGUAGGAAAAAGUGACCCAUAUGUUAAAGUUAAAGUACCAGGUAGUAUUGAAUAUAGAACAAAAACAAUUGAUAAUGCACUGAAUCCCGAAUGGAAUGAAAUAUUUGAAUUUGUUGUUGAACAAUACGAAAGUGAUUCUAUUGAAUUUGAAGUAUAUGAUGAAGAUCUUGGUAAAGAUGAUUUUAUCGGACGAGCUCAACUUCCUCUUAAUACAUUGGUUGACGAUGAUCAUAUUAAUACUUGGUUAACAUUACAGGAUAUAAAAAAUGGUUCAUUAAAUGUUAGUUUACAAUAUUUUUCAUUAACAAAACAAAAAUCUGCUCUUGAAAUUAUUGAAAGAAAAAAUAAUGAAGUGAAAAAAGGAGAAAAAUUAUCAAAAGCUUUACUUGUUUGUUAUAUUGAUCGAUGCCUUAAUCUUCCUCAAUCAAAAAAAACACGUCAAGAACCAAAUCCAUUUUGUCGAGUUAAAGUUGAAGGUACUGAAACUAAAACUCAAACAUAUGAAAGUCAAACAAAUCCACAAUUUGAACAUAUAUCACAAAUUUUAUGUUCAAAUCCACUUCAUGAAAAAUUAAAAAUUUAUGUAUGUAAUGCAAAAAGUAAAAAUGAAGUAAUUGCAUAUUUUGAAAUGCCAAUUAAACAAGUCUAUGAUGCUGAUACAAUGACUAUCGAUACCCAAUCAUAUCCACUGAAAAGUGUAUCUGGACCAUUAGAUAAAACAGAAAUUAUUCUUCAUUUAUCACUUUUCGUAAGUACAAGAUGGGUUGAGUAGGCCUAUAUGAAUGACUCCCAAUCAGUCUAAUUGAGUUUUGUAUAGGAUGAAAAACCAUCAGUUCAUUAUCAAUUGGAUUUCAUCAUAACUUUGAAUAAGAUUUAUUUUCAAGGUCAACAUUUGUUUUGAUAGAAAAUGAGAAAAAACUGGCCUUGUAGUCGUCCUAUAUUCCUAUAUUUUUCGAAAAAAGGAAGGUUUAUCUUUGAAAAGUCGUAUACUGCUGAAAACCUUGAUGUUAGACUACUUUCAAGAGUUUGAUUAAUAGAUUUAUCUUCGCGUAAGUAAAGAAUAUAAUCUUGAAUUUUUUAAAAAAGAUGCGCUUCAGAAAGUCGUACAAGAAUGAUAAUAAUAAAUCUUGGUUGCCUUAUGUCAAUGGUCUUUUUCAUACUCAAAAUGAAAGAUAUCUAUGUUAGUACUGUAGAUCAUCGCAUUGCGCUUGAUAAAAGUGUUUGAAAUUUUAUUUUGUUUUUUCAAUAGGAAUCUAUUCAUACAGUUUGUGUAGAGCUUUUUAUAGUGUAUCUUUAAAAAAAAUUUAAGUUUUGAUCAUUUAUGUAUGUCGAGAUUUUUGCGAAGCAAAAAAUUUCUCCGAAAUAUUUGAUCGUGCUUAAUAAGAUGAGAAAUAUCAAUAUAGCGUGAGUUCCUCAUUUCAAGUCCGAGAAAUACCGUCAGAAAAGUCAAGAGAAAUUUUCUGUCGCAUUCUUCUGAACUUUUUCUAGUACAUCUGUAAAAAAAAACCAAAUUUGAUAUUUUAUCUAUGGCAAGAUACAAUACAAAUAGAGAAUUCUGCAAAAGCUUUGGGACAUCAGAAAUCUACUUCACGCAGAUCUUCACUUUUAAUCACUGAGAAAAAUGAUUACAAAAAGCUAACAAGUAUCCGUACAUGGGGUUUGUGUAGAGCUUUUGAUAGGGUAUCUUUUUAAAAAAUUUUUAGCUUUUAUCAUUUUCCUCUUCGAGAUACAUCGAAAAUAAAAAAUUUCUUCUAAAAAUUUUUUUAAUCAUAUUCAUUAGGAUGACCCGCAGCACUAUCAUAGACGUCUUUCAUUUUAAGUAUGGAAAGGACUAUUAGUAUAAGUUAACCAAGAAUUGUUCCUACCAUUCUUGUACAGCUUCCAAGGUGCAUCUUUUUAAAAAAUUCAAGAUUAUAACCUCUACUUACACCGGGAUAAUGCGAAAUAAAAAAUCUCGCAAAACUUUUGGUGCACCCCGUAUAUGAUACUUGACAAAAAGUUUAACUUAACAACCUUUAUUUUUCUUCAGAAAAAGUAUAUUGUUGUAUUCUUUUUACUUUAACUUAUAAGAUAAGAUGUUUGAAAAAGUCUGCACCUCUCGGUUCUAUCACUGCAUUAAUUCAUUUUCCAAUAAGUUUCUACUAAAAAAGAGUUGAAACUAAUUCAAAAUUGAUGUCCUAUAAAUGUCCUAUAUAAUCCUAUAUUUUUACAAAGUGUCGCUACGAGGCCAGCAAAAAGAUGAAAAUUUAUUCAAAGAUAUUAAGAUAAAUUAUUGUCCGAAUUACAAUUUCUUAAAAAGACCAUUCAUAGAAGAUACUAUUUUGAACAUACUUGAUCAUAAAAAAUGUUUGAAUUGCUCAAGUUUCAAGUAUGAAAUACUUAUAUGCAUUCUUUGUAUCGUUUAAUUAUUGUGUUAAUAAAUUUUUCUCUACACUUAACUUAUUUCGUGUCUAAUAGAAUUGUUUAAACUUUAUAAAAUAAAUUACUAUUUCUGUUCUAAAACAAAUGAGUAACUUGACAAAACCUUUAGAUCAUGCAUUCCUCCUCAGGGCAACUUUUUCCCAUUUUAGAUUGAUAUUUUAUGUUUCAGUGUUAGAAACAUUUUCUACAAUUUUUUUUCUUGAUCUAAUUUUUACCCAUGGGGGCUCCAUCAGUAAUAUCUGAAAAAUGAAUUUAGUAAGCGAUUUAUUGUAGAAGUAAAAAACAUCUCUUUUACUUAUGAAAGUCAUUCGAUGAAAAAAACAAUAGUUGACAAAUGAUCAGAUAGUAAAAUUAUACUCAAUUAAUUUUUUUGACAUAUCCUUGAAGAGGUCGUGAAGAUGAAUAUUUGAUAGAGAAAAACGUCGUAGAAUAUGUUUGAAAUAUACAUCAAUCGUUCCAUAUUUUUGUACUAAUUUGAAAAUAUUAAAUAAGAUUGAAGAGACA